UAAAAAAUGUUUUCUGGCCUUCAACUGUUUCCAGACUCCAACAAGCUGUGUUUCUCUCUCCCACCCACAGGCACCACCGAUGUCUCUUGUAAUAGGAAAGUCAAUCUUGAGACCCCCAAAUCACUAAGCUUAAGGAAAAAGUCAGACUGGGAGCUACUGAGGGCCAAACCUGCCUCCCAUUCUACUCAAAGUCACCCCUCUGGUCUUCUUUUCCUUCCGCACGCCACUGAAAAUCUUGGUGUCACCAUUGGCUGCCGCCCUGCCCAUUGUUAUGGAUAUUGUAAGAACAAACCAUAUCCAAAGUCUCACUUCUGCCGAGGUGUCCCUGAUGCCAAGAUUCCCAUCUUUGACCUGGGGUGGAAGAAGGCAAAAGUGGAUGAGUUUCCACUCUGUGGCCACAUGGUAUCAGAUGAAUAUGAGCAGCUCUCCUCUGAAGCCCUGGAGGCUACCCAAAUUUGUCCCAAUAAGUACACGGUGAAAAGUUGUGGCAAAGACGGCUUUCAUAUCCGAGUGCGGCUCCACCCCUUCCACGUCAUCUGCAUCAACAAGAUGUUGUCCUGUGCUGGGGCUGACAGGCUCCAAACAGGCAUGCGAGGUGCCUUUGGAAAACCCCAGGGCACUGUGGCCAGAGUUCACAUUGGCCAAGUGAUCGUGUCCAUCCGCACCAAACUGCAGAACAAGGAACAUGUGACUGAGGCCCUGCACAGGGCCAAGUUCAAGUUCCCUGGCUGCCAGAAGAUCCACAUCUCAAAGAAGUGAGGCUUCACCAAGUUCAAUACUGAUGAAUUUGAAGACAUGGUCCCUGAGAAGUGGCUCAUCCCAGGUGGCUGUGGGGUUAAGUACAUCCCCAAUCAUGGCCCUCUGGACAAGUGGCAGGCCCUGCACUCAGAGGGCUUCCACUCUGCUGCCCCCUUGUAAUAUGAACCAAUAAACUUACUUCCUGUCCAAAACAAACAAACAAACAAACAAACAAAAAAGUCACCCCUCUGUUUCCCUGACCUAGCUGCAUACGUGAUUUGCCUCCUUUGAAAAGGCUAAUCAGAAACUCAAAAGAAUGCAACCAUUUGUGUCACAUAUCUGUGACCUGGAAGCCUGCUCCCUGCUUCGAGUCUUCCUGACUUUGUUCUAAGUGUCCCACCUUUCCAGGCUGAACCAAUGUACUUUUCACAUAUAUUGAUUGUUGUCUCAUGUCUCCCUAAAAUGCAUGAAACUAAGCUGUGCCCUGACCACCUUGGGCCCAUGUUCUUAGGACUUCGAGAGCCUGUGUCACGGGCGUGU